CCAGCCUCAUUAUGACAUCAUACACGUAACGUUCCUUUUGUUCUUUUUACUUUUUAAAUGCCCUGUUUGAUUCGAGAAGACGGAUUCGAAGUUUCUAGCCACUUUAAGCGCACAUUGUUUCUGUUUAUAAUCUGCUCACGAAGCUACGAAGAUGCUUCGCUCCAGAAUCUCAAAUUUGCCAUUUGUGGAUGGAGCGCACGACAUGUAUACGACAACUAACAAAAGCCACUUUAAAUUAGCAGACACCACAGUCGCGCCGAAACGAGACAUUAUCCUUCAGCCGGUCUCACCAGACUUCCAGCACAGAGACCAGAAUUACCUCGGAGUAAAGCACCAGACGGAGACAGCGCUGUCCUUCCCGCCACAUCCAGCAGCUGCUGUCACGCAGCCAACACUGACCCACCUCACGAUGCUGAAAACCAACUUUAAACUGCAUUCAGAAGACAGCUGUGGAGACUUUAAGACCACUCAGUCUGAUGAGCUAAAGCCCCUACCGAUGUGUGCCGCCAAAAUCAUUCGUCCCCUGAAUGCAGUCAUGACAAGCCUCUCUGAGGACAAAUAUCCUGAGCCCACUUAUAGAGCUUCCUACAUCAAACAUAAAGUGUCCCGGACCCUCAGAGCAAAGCAGUCGGCUAAAACAGGUGUCGGAUCAAGUCUAAUCAUGGACAGAAGGGACAGAUUCCGUUCCAGUUAUCAUGAGCAGUUCCAGUACAGAUGGUCUCCUCGUCCUCCUCAGUCCACAGAGAAGCAACAAAUUCAGUGUUCAUCUGUGGCGAUGGGAGAUCAUGAAAAGACAACGGACAAACUAACAAUGUAUUCUUCCUCAUUCAGACAGUCGGAUGGCCACGGUGCUGCUGAAUUCAAAGAAUGUCUGCUUCCUAAGAUAAGUAAAUGUCGGCCCAUCAACCUUCGGGAAGUUCCUGACCACAAAUGGACAACAGCCUUAUUUGAAGAUUUUCAUGCGUACAAAGGAGGCUCUAUUCACCUAGAGCGCAGAUGCCCGACUCUCAGCUCUGUGUUCAAAGGAAAGAUACUGAUGGACAACAAGGACAGACUGUCAACAACAAACCAGUGCUUUUUCCCGAAGAUAAAGCGCUCCCAGUUCUCAGUGCAUGUGGACGGAGCCGGGAUCAGGACUUUGAGCAAUGUUAAACUCGGGAGGCCUGAUCUAGAUGACACAACAGCACAGGAGCAGCUCCCAUCAAAAGAGGCGGUCCAUCCCAAACCUCCGAUCUACUCGCCUAGCCAUGUUCUGUGUGAGCAAGAACCAGAUCGGAUGCUCACAACCAUGCAAAAAGAUUUUGCUCCUCUGAACUCUAGAAGACAGAAAAUGAGCCCAAGCCAGCUUCAGCAGGUUAAAGAAAGCCAUAUCAGGCCCUGACACAGCGAACAUGACUUCAGGACAACCCACAACAAAGCAUUUGUUCCCAAACCCUACUGCAAGGCAUCCCUGGAAAAGCCACUUCUUCAGCACAUCAGCAAUAUGCCGUUUUGAGUAGAAAAUGUCUGAAUCACGAAAAACGUCUCUAUUCUAAACAAAUGUCAUUUUCUGGCGGAAAGCCUCCUUUAGUGUAUUGUUCAUGCAUAUUCAACUCAACUCCGAAAUCCAACUAAACUCUAGCAUACAAUAAUAACCAACACGGACAAUGACUGUUAUGAUGGAUUUGAUAUUGUUGAUGACGACAAACACAUUUAUGCAUAAACUGGCUUAAAAAGGACACAUACAUUUGUUUAGAGUGCAGACCUUUUUUGUUUUUGACUUUAUUAAAAAGCGUGCAUGUUUCAAAGCAUUGUGUCCUUUCAAAUUCAUGUCAUGUUGGAAGAGCAGAAUUUGGCACACAAUGUCAUUACCUCCAUAAAGUGUCAAAAUUCUCAUCAACAUAAAACAGUUUUUAGGCGUGUUAUGACAACACAACACGACUUAUAUACAGAUCAAAAGUGUGUGUGGGGAACUUCAAGGUUAAGUGGUGAUCUGGAGCUCACCGUGGUAAUGACUACAAGGAGUGUGUCAGAAGGCGACUAACUGAUUUCACACAACACAUACAGGCAUUUAGACCAACACGUGCCAAAUAUUAUAGGCCAGUGCCAGAGGUUAAACGUGCUGCCGUCUGCCAGUGAAGAGCUUCCAUGCAGGUCUGUGUUUGUGUGGGGAAGUGAUGAUAUUGUGCCUGCACCGUAUUUAACCAGAGCCUGUGUGUUAUCAGACCAUCUGUCGAGGUAAUGGUGCCACCUCUAACUCGAAUCUUGCUUUCUCACACUCAAAACAAACACAACAUCUAAGUUGCAACCUUGAACUUCAGCUGUUUGAUGUUCAUGCAUA